AUGCCUGAAUCAUUAUCUGAGAAACUUUACGGGUGUGUCAAAAUACCGUCCUGCCUGAAUAGCAGGAUCAGACAGCAUUACAUAACGAUUCUAAAGGACCUUUUAACAGUAGAAUACACAGGAAAGAGCAGGUACUGCGACUCCGGCUCAGUGCAAUCAGACACAUGUGCUCCGACAAACUGCCCAUUGUACUACUACGAAGUGGAAAUUCUCAAAUGCGACAACCAGCCUAAAAUAGUGGUAGGAUUCUCGUACAACAAUUUCCACUUGAAUCGACACCCAGGAUCAGAACCCAACUCACUAGGAUACAAAUCGGAGGACGGGUACUGUAUGAACGGCACGUCGAAAUCGGAUAACUACGGGCCCUCGUAUGGAAAGGGCGAUGUGAUCGGAUGCGGAAUCAACUACCUGAAACAGAAUUAUUUCUUCACAAAGAACGGGUCAUUCCUAGGGAACGCCGGAAACUUAUUUCACAUAGACAACUAUCCCACAGUUGGGUUAAACUCGUACGGAGAGUCAGUUAAAUUCAAUUUCAACGGACCAUUUAAGUUUAACAUAGAGGAAUACUUUAAGAAAAUACUGAGCACCGAAAGGGAGGAAAUAAACGCCACGCCCGUUUCAAAAGACAUAACCAACGGAAUUGUUAAAUAUUAUCUGCUUCAUAGAGGGUAUUCACGGACGCUAAAGGCCUUUAAGAACGAAGCAAACAAAGGCGAUAUGAAUGUAGACUAUUUGAACGGUGAUAAGAAGGAAAAUUUCAUCGAUAAACUGUACAUUUCAAAUGAAGUUGUAAACAAGAUGGAGUCGACGUUGGAAAAGAGAUCAGAAAUAAUUGAUAACAUACUCAAGGGGAACAUUACAAAGGCAUUGAAAGCGCUUUCAGACGCGUUUCCGCACAUACAAAAAAACUCAAUGGCCUACAUAAUGCUGGUCACGCAAAACUUUAUCGAAAUGCUGAGGUCGGGGACUGACAUACAGAAGUCCCUCAGGUGGCUGCAGGACUACAGCAGGAAGCUGAUGCCUAACGGAUCUGAGGAGCUGGAGAAUUUUUUUGAGAACGAUAAGGUCAAACAGGUAUUCCAGGAGUCAUGUGGACUACUGGCAUACCAGGACUUGGAGAACAGCCCGCUCAAGGAUAACUUGCUAAACAAGAGGAGGAUGGAAACGGCCAUAGUAGUGAAUGACACCAUCCUAAGUAAGAACACCCCUAAGAAUCUCAUGGAUACUUAG